CAACAGCACAGCAACCACACUGUCCUGCAAGGUACAGAAGCAGUAGCCUACUGUAGUUCAGAACAAACAGUUAAAUCACCCUCGGAUAACAACAAUGGCAGCUCUGGACAUUGAGAGGUGCGAGUUGGAAUGCGAGAUAAACAACUUCGGUCACCGAACGUACCUGAACGGCAGAGAUCGGCUGAUUGUGAGGAGGGGCCAGCCUUUCACCAUCACCCUGCAUCUCCGCUCUGGGCAAUUCCAGCCUGGCAUGACCACCUUCAGCUUUGUCGCCGAGACAGGCCCCAGCCUGUGCGAGUCAGCCGGCACCAAGGCAGAGUUCUCCCUCUCGGGUGCGGUCGAUCUGAACCAGUGGAGUGCGGCGGUGUCCUGCCACUCGGGCAACACCGUGUCCCUGUCCAUCUGCUCUCCGCCCGACGCCAGGAUUGGCCGCUACUCGCUGACAAUGACGCAGGGCGGCAGCACCCGGCUCGGAGACUUCAUCCUGCUCUUUAACCCCUGGUGUCCAGGUGUGUUUGAACCUGGCAUCCUGGAUGCUUGCCUGCAGCUGUUGGACAUGAACCCUAAAUACUUAAGUAACUCAGACCAGGACUGCUCCAAAAGAAACGACCCGAUCUAUGUGAGCAGGGUGGUGAGCGCGAUGAUAAACUGCAAUGAUGAUAAGGGGGUGCUGGCUGGCAACUGGGGUGACUGCUCUGACGGGGUGAGCCCGAUGAGCUGGAAUGGCAGUGUGGAGAUUCUCCGGAACUGGUGUGGGUUGGCCUGCCAGCCAGCCAGAGUUUUCUGCUGUGGGACCAUCUCAGUAAAAGCAAUAAAGGAAGGAGAGCUGACCUUCAAGUAUGACGCCCCCUUUGUGUUUGCAGAGGUCAAUGCAGACGUGGUGUACUGGGUGAAGCACAAAGACGGCAGCCAGAAGAAGAUGAGUUACUGUGAUGAGGUGGGCCAGCACAUCAGCACCAAGAGUGUGGGCAAAGACACCAGAGAGGACAUCACACAUUUAUACAAGUACCCUGAGGGCUCUGAGGAGGAGAGGCAUGUGUUUGAGAAAGCCAACCACCAGAACAUGCUGCUGAAACCAAAGCCCGCACCAGGCCUAGGCAUCAAGAUCAAGGUGACAGAGGGCAUGAAGAAAGGGUGUGACUUUAAUGUCUACGCAGUUGUCACCAACAACACGCCCAAGCCCAAGGAGUGCCACCUGACGUUCUGUGCCCGUGCUACCCGCUACAACAGCACCGUGGGGGAAGAGUGUGGCAUGAAGGACCUAGGUAUGCAGAUCCCACCUAACGAAGGGAAGCAGAUCCCCCUAAGACUAAAUUACAGCAAGUACUGUGAAGCCAUAAAAGAGGACAACCUCAUAAAGCUGGUAGCUCUUCUCAUCAACAAUGAAACCAUAGAUUCUGUGUUGGCAGUGAGGGACAUUUAUCUGGAGAACCCCGAGAUUAAAAUCAAGAUACUGGGUGAACCAAAACAAAACCGCAAGCUGGCUGCCGAGAUCACAUUGAAGAACCCCCUGUCUGAACCACUGCAUGGCUGUUUGUUCUGUGUGGAGGGGGGAAACCUCACUGAUGGAAAGGCAAUCCAAGAACCCAUUGCAUCGGUCAGCCCUGGCCAGGAGGCCAAGGUGAAGGUGUACUUCACCCCAAAGCAAUCAGGGCUCAGGAAGCUGGUUGUGGAUUUCAACAGCAACAAGCUGCGUGAUGUCAAGGGUUACAGGAACAUCAUCAUCGGCAAAUAGGCUGUCAGCUGCAAGACAUGAAGAAGAGAGGGGGCGCUAAACUCUGAACCAAAUCACAAGACUCCCUAACCUUUCAGAAACAAGAAGGGUGGCAUUUGUAUGUUUUGUUCUGAAGCAAAUUUGUGAUAUUUACAACCAGGGUAGAAAAUGUUAAGAAACUAGUGUUGAUUUGAUCAACCAAUACCCCACCGGGUUAUGUAUGUAAAAUUGCAGCCAGGCUAUCAUGUAACAGUAACAAUGCUCACACUGUGAAUCUCAGCAAGCUCUAAAACUGUUUCAACAGUGUGUGUGUGUGUGUGUGUGUGUGUGUGUGUGUGUGUUGCCCAACCCAUAUCUAGUGCUGAUAACUCAUCUGGAAUUAAUAUCACCAUUAUACCUUGUGUUUUCGAUUCUGGGUGUGUGUUUUAUUUCAUUAUUAUUCUUGUGCCAGAAAUGUUUCAUGCAAUUAAUAGUACUUAAACAUUGUCAAUUUUGGUGGUUAAUUUUCAAAAUAUGUUAGUGAAUAUUGUGUACAUUUAUUACAUUUUACAAAUUUCACUAGUAUUAAAUCUACUUUUUAAAAAUGUAAUCUUAAAUGCAUGUUCUGUUUUUCUCAGUUAAUUGUUGUUCUAAGAAGUAAACAUGCUCAAAAUGUGAUUUGCAUUUCAGUUUCAGCUGCAAUUUUUUUUUUGUUUUGUUUUGUUUACACAACUUUUUUUUUUUUAGCUUCAUGUGAAGAGUCUUCUUUAGACUCUGUGACAGGAGUGCUCUAGCACUCGCCUUAAGAAUUUAUGCCAAUAAGGAUACGUUUGUAUAUUUUAUAUCCCCCGCUGUAGAUCUCUAUUGUGAACGAACUACAAGAAACAACAAAAUAAGAAAGAAAGAAAGAAAGAAUUUCAAAUGGAAGCAUAACAAAUCCAGAAUGAUGACCUUUGAUUUUUAUGAACUUUUAACUUUUUUAAAUGUUAGAUAAUGAAGUACCUUUGAAAGAUAUAGUUCUGUUUUUGCUGUAAUCUUUAGAGUAUAAAAACCUAAAGUUUAUUUUCAUGUCUACUUAGGUCAAUCAUGAAGAAACUUUUGCUGGUACAUUUCAAUCUGUACUGAUUCAGCCUGUCUUAAAUGUUUAUGCUAUAAGAAAUCGAUCAAGUAACCAAGCAAUAAAACACUUGUAUACUGUAUAAAAAUGAAAAGGUAGUCUGUUACUGUGACUGUCAAAGCCCUGGUCAGAAUCAUUACAACACAAACUCAAUCUUGUUCGUCACAAGUGUUGUUAAUCG